AUAUGCCAGAAGGAACUCUAGCAGACUUGGUCACUUAUCCGCACAGGGCCGGCGCUGAUGAGACAACUCUGUCGAGAGUUGAGGAAUGCUUACAUCAUGUUCAUUUGAGCUAUCUCGUACCACGCCAGUCUGAAGGGCUACUAACUCUAGAUGAGGAUUGGGAGAAUAAGCUUAGUCUUGGUGAACAGCAGAGAAUAGGCAUGGCUAGGCUAUUUUUCCGCAGCCCGCCUUGGGCACUGCUGGAUGAGUGCACCAGUGCAGUGGCUCUCGAUGGGGAGGAGAGCAUGUAUCGCCAUCUUAGAGAUGAAUUUCACUGUACGGUCCUUACAGCAUCGCAAAAGCCGUGGUUGCUCAAUUUUCACUCGCAGUUAUUGGAGCUAGGGACAGGGACUGGAUACGCCAGCUGGAGUGUUACUAGGAUCAAUGAUGGGAAUGGUCAAACAGAUGCCUCUGGGUUACCUCGAAGGUUACCAGACUUGGUUUAUGUAGAUAAGCGUCAGCCGAAUGGCGUCUUUCCCCAGUCGCCUGUGAAUCAGGAGCCGGCAUCAGUAGAGCAGUUGGAUGGCAAAGAUGAUGGCGGUCUAUACACGUAUGAUGAGGUCUUCCGUUCUUAUGAGUCCAGUCCGAGUACCGAGAGGAGCUACGAGUCUUGUGAGGAUGAUAUAAGGCAGGAGGAGGUCCCGACUUCGGAACCUAGCGGGGUCCAACUUUCGAGCGAGAUGAAGUCUGCUGGUGAGGUGGAUUCCCAGGCACCAUCCAGAGGGAGCAGACGGGACCGGAAGAGCACCAGAAGACACGGUCGACGGGGCGGACAGAGAUGAAGAUAUGUCAAGUGAUAGUAGCUGACCAACGACCUCCAUGCUAACGUGCAUGGGUACCCUUCAGUGUCAUUCAAGUUCUUGGAUAAUGGAUGGUUCCGUUU